AUGCAUCAUCAGAGAAUCAGUCAUCUUGUCCUCAUCCCACAGGAGUGUGCGUCCACUCACAACCUGCUGACCUCGCUGCAACAGGUGGAGAAGAUGCUGGCAGUCCAUGAGGCAUCGUACCAGCAGGGCCUCCGCACCCUCAGGAAAAAGAUUAGCGCCCUGCACAACAGCACCAUCGCCAUCUUUAAGACCACCAGGAAUGGAUCCUGCCCAAAACCAGAGCCCCCCUCUCACGGCCUCAGACUGGGCAGGGUGUUUGGCGUUGGACACGAGGUUCACUUCAUUUGCAAACCCGGCUAUGAGCUGAUCGGCCCGAGGACCCGGGUGUGUCUGGAGUCUCUGAAUUGGAGCGGCCAACAGCCAAAGUGCAGAAGUUUCAACAGCACCGCUAACUCCCUGGCCUCUUUCUCUCCUGCUGCUCCCUCCUCCUCCUCCUCCUCCUCCUCCUCAUCUACCUCGUCAUCCCUCCCUGUCUCUGCUGCUCUGUCAGGGUCCUCCUCCACCUCUUCUUCCCACUCAGCAAUUCUAGCCUCUACUCUCUCCUCCUCAUCACCCACAUCUUCCUCUCCCUCCUCUUCUGUACGACCGUCUCACUGUACCCACUUCCUGGGCUCCACCCGCUGCACCUGUGAUGUGGGUUUCACCAUAUCAGGCCGCGACAACAACAUCUGCACAGACAUCGACGAGUGUCGUCUGUUUCCUCUCGGUCAGCCCGGCCGGCUCUGCGUCCAUCAGUGUGUGAACACUCCAGGCAGCUUCCACUGCUUCUGUCCAGCAGGAUAUGACCUCGCCGCUGAUGGCCGUAGCUGCAGAGACAUCGACGAGUGUGAAAACCACAUUCACAACUGCACAGGGAACCAGUUGUGUGUGAACACAUACGGGGGGUUCCAAUGCGUGACAGUGGAGUGUCCUCACAUGAAAAAUGCCACGUACAUCAAGACAUCACCAAUGCGCUGUGAGAGGAACCCGUGCAUGCUUGGAGACAAGGCUUGCACUCAGGCACCAAACUCAAUCUCUUUCCAUUUCCUCUCUGUGGGGUCCAACAUGUCCGCCCCUCGGGUCCUCUUCCGGGUUUCGGCGGCACGCGUGCUGGGCGACACUCUGCGUUUCGGCCUGGCGGGCGGCCGUGGACGGGGCCACUUCAGCGUGCAGCGCUCAGGCCGACAGACAGGCACCCUCCUCCUGGUGACGCCAAUAAAGGGUCCUGCCACUUUGGAGGCUGAGGUGGAGAUGAGUGAGCUGGAGCGCAACGCCCUGCUGGGCCGCUACCUCACAAAGGUCACGCUGUUUGUUUCUCCGUACGAGUUCUAA